AUGUUUGCCGACGAGAGCGGUUGUCCACGACUUGUUCCAAUUGGAGAUGGAAUCCAUAGGAUAGUAUCUUGCCCAAGGGGAAGGGCUGGUUCUGGCAGCAAAAUUGGAGAGAAGUCUCCAGUGACCGACCAUACAAAUCUCAAUGAAUGCUUCCAAAAUGGAAAAUAUGCCAACGGAACCCGUGUCGAAUACGAAUGCAAUCAGUUCUUUAGGAUGCGUGGAUCAUCAUCUCGUACAUGUAAAGAAGAUGGGCAAUGGACAGGAGAACGUCCUGAUUGCGAGCCUGAAUGUGGGAGAACAGUGACGCCGACCACACUCUCAGCUGGUGGAAGGCCUGCAGGUACUGGAAAGUGGCCAUGGCAGGCAGCUAUUUAUGACAUCGAAAAGAAACUUAUAAUCUGUGGCGCGGCUCUCAUUCACAAGAGAUGGGUCCUUACUGCGGCUCAUUGUAUCACCCAAGAUGGAACGGCGAAACCCCGCAACAGGGAUGUCUUUCUGAUCUAUCUUGGGAAACACUAUCGAGAUGACUCACAGGAUGAUGAGUUCGUGCAGAAGAAGAAGGCAAUUGAUAAACCCUCUGACAUCCCCUCACCAACUCAUAUCCGUUUCAAAUUGAUAAAUAUUAUACUUACAGAUAUCACACAUCUUCCUCCACGAAGACUUCAACCUACAGAACUAUGA